AUGAUGCAAGCCGAAGUUUUGUCUGCUGUCGUGUAUCAAAUAGUUAAAACAAUAAAUUGUGGACAGAGGUAUAUAACAGAUCUCAAGUAUGUCACUAAUGAAAGUCUGUGUGUUUCUGUUGUAAAUACGAAAGACAUUCGUUCUUCUAAUAAGUUCGGCAAUGGUUCUUUUCGAUGUCUUUCUACUCAAGCCUCCUAUUUAUGUUAUAUGAGAUGUGGUUAUGAGUAUUUCAUAUUUUGGGAACACGGAUAUUUGAAAUGUCUGAGAACUAGGCCUAAUGGUUCUUCACAAGAGCCUGAGCCUUUUGAAAAUUGGAAUAAUUAUGCUAACCCAUGGAAAGGAUACGAACCGAAUGGAAUCGCAGCCUGCAAAUCAGGAGGAAUUUUGGUUUGUCUGUGGAAUAAACAAGUACUUGGUCACUCUCAAGUACUGUACAUAACUGAAAACGGCAAUGAAGACAUCUGCGUCUCUGAUGUGAAUGCUGUGGUCGUCACUGACGCCGGGGGAUUACUGAGGUUUCGAUACAAAGGUCUGUCAGAUGAUUCUCAGUUUGAUCCCUACGGUAUCUGCAGUGAUUCACAAAACAACAUCAUUAUUGCGGACAUGAAGAAAAACAGAAUUCACUUGAUUGAUCAGAAUGGGGAAUUUCUUCACUACAUUCAGUACAAAGAUAUGAACAUGCCACGUGCUCUCUGUAUAGAUGAAGACAACAACUUGUAUGUCGGAGAAUGGACGUCUGAGAAAAUCAAAGUCCUCUCACGUCAAUGAUAUGAC